AUGAAUGUGGCACGCCGGAGUCGAUUGCGCCGUCUCAUCAGAAAACAGACGUCCAAACUUUCCAGCUCAGUGGGCCUCCUGUUCAGUUUAGGUGUCCCGGCUGACACUGUCAACCGGUCCCGACUGCUGGAUGCCAUCAGCGAUGAGGCGACCCGCUUUGACGACAUCAUUCUGACCGACUUCCCGGACACCUACUACAAUCUGACCUUCAAGACACUGCUAAAUAUCCGAUUUGCUCACGUAGGCUGUGGCGACGCCAGUCCUCUCUUCGCCUUUAUGGAUGAUGACCAUGGCCUAAAUGUGCCCGCUCUCCUUGACUACUUCCACACUUUCGACAGAGAUGGCAAACAUCGGGGGCAGCUGCGGCGCUCAGUAUUCGGUUGCAUAAACAAGCGGGCGGGGGUAAUACGGCAACCAGGGCACAAGUGGGCUGUGACGCGAAGUGAAUUUCCCCUCAAAAUGUAUUCAGACUAUCCGAGUGGCCCAUGCUACUUCAUUGGGGCAGAGGCCGUGGCAGCACUAUCCAUUGCGACAGCCUUCACUAAAACGUUUGUCUUUGAGGAUGUCUAUGUCGGACUGACAGCGGUUAAACUGGGCAUCAAAAUGCACGAUUUACCAGAUAUGCAUAUUCAUGGGCCUCCUGAAAAUACAGAACUACGGUGGGUGCCUCUAAUAGCAUCUUUGGAGUAUUUCGAGAAGCAUAUUAUCUAG